ACACUUGCAUCUUGCACCGAAUGGACAGAGUCAUGAGGCUGGCGUCGCAGCGGGCGGUGGUGGUCUUCAGCUUGAGCUCAUGCUGCAUGUGCCACACCAUCAAGCGGCUCUUCUGCGAGCUGGGGGUGAACCCGGGGAUCCACGAGCUCGACGAGGAUCCCAACGGGAAGGACAUGGAGCGAGCACUGGCGAGAAGGCUGGGCUGCAACUCGCCGGUGCCCGCCGUGUUCAUCGGCGGCAACCUUGUUGGACCAACCGACAAGGUCAUGUCCCUUCACCUCGGUGGCAAGCUUGUGCCGCUGCUCCGCGACGCAGGAGCUAUCUGGCUCUGAUGAUUCUGAGAUGAUGGAGACAAAACAAACCACAGAUCUCUGAGUUAAUGUUUUGGCUUACUGCUACUGCUUUCUUUACCUAUGUGGGUAAGAUGAAUGUACAUUGUGUUGCUUACCCUCCUUGAGAUGUAAUUUUCAGCACAUUAUGGAGUUGCUGCAUCUACA